GUCCAGUCAGUAACCGACCUUCACAAUCACCAGGUCGUUUUGUUGUAUACAACACCCGGAGCAGAGCCUCGCCCAUAUUAACGAUAUGGCUUGGACAAAUUAGAUUCCCGGAUUAAUGAGUUUAAAGUAUAUUAUUUUUUCUACGUCAUCCAAAUAAGUAUUGCUCCAGAAUCUAAUCAUUUGGUGUCCGAGGAAAGUUUUGGGAACGUUUUGAAAAACACCGCUACAGGAUCAUUCAGAAAAUAAUUGCAACGAGGUAGAAGUACCAGUUAUACCGCGAGUGCUAGCGCCGAGUACCACUGGGUACCGCCGACGCCGAACCUUUAGCAGAUUGCCUGUGGACAUGCUGUGAGAUCGCGAGAAAUAUGCCACACAGAGAUGCCCUGGCAGUUAAUGACGUCAUCUGCGUCAAGGUUAACCGGAGCUCCUGCAUACCGGAACACCCGGAUUCUCUAUUUCGGAGUACUGCUUACAUCAAUAGUUUGCGAGCCGCGGCAUUUUGUGCUUGCGAAUCCAAUAUCGUAUGAAGCUCUUGUCUUCAAAUCCAUCAAACGCCCUCGCUACGCAAAAGUCCGACUUAAUCUACGGUGCAGACUUCCUAUCCCUAUUAAUGGCAAUUUCGUCAGAAACAAAGCAAGAACAAAGUCAAAAUCGACCACCAACACAGCGACCUGUAGCAUACGCUCAAAUGUUUGAAUAUAAAAAUUUAGAAAGUACAAUAAGAAAAAGUGAGAAACAGUCAGAGACUCCGGAUGGAACGGCAAAAGCAAGCCAUGUAGUCGUUCAUAUUUCCCCGAAACAUUUUGAUAGUAGUCGGGAUGGAACUUCUAGGAAUGAGAGUCCGUUAGAAGUGAAUAAAGACGAGAUACUCCAGGUCAAGGAUACUACUCAAAACAAGACUAAAUACAACGUAACUAGAAGUAAUAAUGACAACAAAAAGUCAGACCUGCAGGUAAAUAUAGAAGAGUUAGAUAGAAGCAGUUAUAAGGAGGUUAUGUCUGCAGAUAUUGAGACAGAAGAUGCUCUAAGGGACUUGCUAAUGACGUACCUACAAAAAAGUCAUAUAUACGUAGAACCUUCAGUACUGUUGAGGGUGUUAGGAAGAAGGAAUUUUGAUGGUCACAUUCCCGAAGAUCAAGCUCAAAGUACACCAAUAGUUAAUAUAGGAAAACAAGACAUAGUAGACAAUUCUAUAGAUAGGAGUUAUGUAAGGAAUUCAAGAAGCACUAGCCUUGUAGAAUCAUCUAGUAGUGAUAAGCUAGGUGAAAAUAGUGAAAACGAGCAACACAGGAAAGUUCUUAAAGAAAGGGAGGUGGAUUAUGAGGAAUAUCCUGCCAGAGUCAGACCGUUACACAAUCCACACUUUGCUCCGACAGGCACUGGUUAUUUGGACCGCGAUUUGGAUAAAAAGUUACAGCAGACGAUAAUAUACCAUGAUAAUCAGUCACCUACCCACACCAGAUCUGUUUCAUAUAGUUCCGUCAUACAGAGUUUGCCACAAGUAGAUGUGGACCAAGAGAAUCCUGGUCAGCAUGAUCGACGAGAACGAAAUUACAAUACAGGUCAACACUUCAGUAAUAUUUAUGAUAGCAUGGAGAAGAAGCUCAAUGAUACAGCCAAGCUGUACGAGAAUCAAGACCUACCUCAAAAGGACCUCCUAGGUGGCGGUUCUUGGACACAGCAAACCAAAAAUGAUGGUGAUAUUACUACGGAUGCUACAAUACUCAGCAGUCAAGAUAACACUUGGAAUAAACAGCAUGAGCAAAGUAGUACUUUCACAACAGAAAAGCCGUGGGAUGGACCAAAAGCACUUCCUUAUAUCCUGCCAACACCAUUAGCAACACCUUAUGGUGCCCAUCCACCCCCAAAUAUACUUUUUGGCCAUCAAAAACAAGAUCAAUAUACUAAGCCUACUUCACCUGGAGAUGUGUAUGGAAAAGAAAGUUUGGCCGAAGAUGCUUAUAAUCCCAAUACGCCUAAAACUUUAUCCGAAAUUCAUUUUGGGCAAGCUAGACAACAGGAUUCCUAUAGAGGUCACGAUAUGCCCCAAGGCGGUCAAAUGCCACCAUCUGGAGGUCAGUAUGGUCCUCACCUUGCUCAGUCUACAUCUGACAAUGCUUUUGGAGGUCAACAAACGACUUUGAAUGCUCAUGGCUCUUCUGGAGACUCUCAUGGGCAUCAUAAUACAAACCAUAAUGCAAAAGGAAGCCUGUAUAACACAAAUAUCCAAGAUGGUACCUCCACAGAUCCUUACGGAGGAAGUGGAAUGGAUCAGAGUGGUCGCGUGGCAUCUCAAGGUUCAUACGAAGAUGGAAAACCUUUGCAAAAUCAACGAUCUGGUGAAAGAGCGCAGGGUGAAGGAUACGGGCAUCCACAAAGCCAAAAGCGUGGUCAACAUGAUCACACUGAAAGGUAUAGGAACGAUAAGCAAUUGCCCACUAUUUAUGGCCGCCCUGAACAGAACUAUGAAGUAGAGGAGACUAUAAGUUUGGUGACAAAUGGCAGAGCUCAUGGUGUACAUCAGCCUACGUCAACGCCUAAAGAGGAGCACUACAAUGCAAAGAAGUUGGAUGACAAUCAGAAAGUUGGCUACGUCGUAGAAGGCAGGAAUUACAAGAAAUAUAGAGUUGAAGAACGAACUUCCGAUGGAUUUAUUGUUGGAGAAUAUGGUGUUGUAUCCCACAACGAUGGAUCUUUGAGAGGUGUGAGGUAUACGGCAGAUGGUACGAUCAAUCCUAAAGUCAUAUCCGAGGCAUUAAUGAAGUUUCUAUCGCUGUGAUUACAUAUUUUUCUGGUGCUAUAAUACUAUGUAUAUAUAUAUAUACGAAAAAUAGGAAAAAUAAAUGAUAAAACAUACGUCUACAUUGGCU